GUGAAAUCUCGCGAGAGGGAGCGAGAUGCCACGUUGGUUCUGAUCUUCUUCCAAGGAAGCGAAGUUUUCCUCUCCCAAAUUGGGCGAAAUUCCGGCUGUCUGGAGGAGUUGUCGUCUGCAAUAAGUGUUGACACUUCCCAACCACCAGCUAAUUCCCCAGGGCUUCCUGAAGGAAGCCAGAAACCACCCAGUACCACCAUGUCAGGAGGGUAUGGCCAGAGCCCUGACGGGUUUGACCAGGGCUUCUUCCAGACCAACUACGCGGGUUACGAUGACCAGAACCAGAAUGCAGGAUAUGACGGUGGCGGACAACAACAGUAUGUAGCGUAUGACAACGGGGGACAGCAACAGUAUACACCAAAUCAAUAUGCAGCUGGUGGGUAUGACUAUUCACAGCAGCAGGGAGGGUACCCUGCCCAACCCAACAUCUUCACUCCAGACACAUCCUCGUCCUACGCAGGGUACACACAGACAGACGGGGCUUCACCCAUGGGUCCAGGGGAUCCCAACAGUUUUGAAGACGAACCACCGCUUUUGGAAGGCCACAACAGUUUUGAAGAUGAACCACCGCUAUUAGAAGGUAGGGCUGCAGUGCUGGUGUGUUGUGGUUGGUGGUGCCCCUGCACACUAAAACUCCCAGGCUGUGUUCAGUUUUGUCCCACUAACAUUCACCUUAUCCAUCUUCAAUCAAUUUGGAGCAAAGAGUUUGUUUGGCUUGUAAGGACUGGGGUAAAUUGAUGAGUUAUUUCUGACAUCCAAAGGAAAGAAG